AUGCCCAAGGCCACUACCCCAAAGGGCCGCGAUGCCCGUCGUCACAAUCCGCUCGAAGAUGACAUUGUUGCCACCGGCGUCCUGCGCACCAAGCCUGGCAAGCGUAAGUCUCGCGCCGACAACGAAGACGAGAGCUUUGUCGACUCGAAAGCAUCCAAGAAUAUUCUGCGCAUAGGCAGAGAGCUAGCAGAGGAAGAGGAUGCUUCGCGACCGAGAUCACAAGCGCCAGCCGGUGCAGACAGCUUUGGAUACGACUCCCGAUUCGAAGAGGAGCAGGUCUAUGGCGACGACGACGACGACGUGGCAUGGGCCGAUCAGGAUGAUGAGGAAGUCGAGGAGAUCGAGGUGGAUCCCGAGGAUCUGGCGACAUACCGAAAGUUCAUGCCUGACGAGGAGGCUGAUGACUUGCUUAAACACGGAUGGGACCAGAAACCUUCAGGGGAGGAAGAGCACGAGGAGCCGGUCAAUCUGGCUGAUCUGAUUUUGGAGAAGAUCGCGGCCCACGAGGCCACUGAGGCGCGGAAAGCAGCAGGCGUCCCAGACGAGGACUACGAACUGCCGCCCAAAGUUGUCGAGGCGUACACCAAAAUUGGCGAGAUUCUCGCGCGCUACAAGUCAGGUCCUCUUCCGAAGCCCUUCAAAAUUCUCCCAACUGUGCCUCACUGGGAAGACAUCAUCUUCGUUACCGAGCCCGAGAAAUGGACGCCCAAUGCCACAUUCCAAGCGACACGGAUUUUCGCCUCGAGCAAGCCAGCCAUUUGCCAAAGAUUCCUCGAGAUGAUUGUCCUCGAAAAAGUUCGAGAGGACAUUUACGAGAACAAGAAGCUCAACGUGCAUCUCUUCAACUCGCUCAAAAAGGCCCUGUACAAGCCAUCGGCCUUCUUCAAAGGCUUCCUGUUUCCGCUCUCCGCGGCGGCGCUGAAGGGUCUCUGCGAGAUUGCCGCCCAGGAGGCUUCGCAAGGCACCGAAGGUGGUGGCGCGACCAACAUCUUCAUCAAGACCCUACUGGAGAAGAAGUACGCCCUUCCAUACCAGGUCAUCGACGCACUCGUCUUCCACUUUAUGCGCUUUCGCAGCAUCGAUCCAGCGAGUGUACAGGCAGGCAGCGACCCAAUGGCUGGAGUGGCGGAAAACACGAGGAACAAGCUGCCCGUCAUUUGGCAUCAGAGCUUGCUGGCUUUCGCCCAAAGGUACAAGGGGGACAUCACCGAGGAUCAGCGCGAGGCGCUCUUGGACCUUUUGUUAAGCCACGGACACUCCGCCAUCGGACCUGAGGUCAGGAGGGAGUUGCUUGUUGGGCGUGGGCGAGGUGUCCCCUUGGAAGCGCCGACAGUAGGCUUGGACGGCGAUGAUACCAUGAUGAUUGAUUAG